AAGGGUUCGAAGAAAGACCUCAAGCCAGUUUUGCUCACUGCACAUCAAGACACCGUCCCUGUUCAACAAGACACUUUAGAUAAAUGGACUUAUCCACCAUUGGAGGGUCACUAUGACGGUGAGUACAUUUAUGGCAGAGGUGUUAUGGACUGCAAAAAUGUUUUGAUUGCCAUUUUGGAAACAUUGGAACUCUUACUCAAGCAAGGUCAUCAACCAAAUAGAAGUAUUAUUGCUGCAUUUGGAUUCGAUGAAGAAGGUUCUGGGGAAAAUGGCGCUUAUCACAUUGGCAAAUAUUUGGAAAAAGAGUAUGGUAAAGACUCGUUUUAUGCUUUGAUUGACGAAGGUACAGGUUUAACUACUGAUAUAUUUACCAACACUCUCAUUGCUUCUCCAGUAACAGCUGAGAAGGGGCGCAUUGAUGUCUAUGUUGAAUUGACUACACCAGGUGGCCACUCAUCGAUUCCACCUGAUCAUACUUCAAUUGGAAUUAUGUCUGAAUUGGGCGGUUUAAUUGAAAAAGAUCCUUACAACCCUAUUUUGACAAACAAAAACCCAAUUUUUGAAUAUUUCCAAUGUCUUUCUGUUCAUGAUCCUAAAGACAAGAUUCCCAAAACAUUUAAAAAAAUUAUUUUGAGAUCUGGAUUUGACAAAUUUGCCAAUUCAAAAUUAGUUGCCAAGAUUUCCGAGAACAAAUUGUUGAAAUACCUUAUUAAAACUUCUCAAGCUUUGGAUAUCAUCAAAGGAGGUGAAAAAGUCAACGCUUUACCAGAAGACACCAAACUAGUAGUUAAUCAUCGUGUCGCUAUUGAAUCUAAUGUCGCUGCUGUCAAACAUCACUUCACUGAAAGGGUUGUUGAAGUGGCCAAGAGACACGGAUUGAAAGUGACCUCAUUUGGAAAGACUGUCUAUGAACCAAAAGAUACACCAUAUGCUGGUGAAUUCAACAUCACUGGAGAUGCACCUUUGGAGGCUGCCCCAGUGACACCGACUGACGACACUGUCUGGGCAUACUUGUCAGGUGUCACUAGGCACGUGUUUGAAGACCUAGUGUUCACUAACUUGACGUAUCCAAUCGUAACAGCACCAGCUCUUAUGACACCAAACACUGAUACCAGACACUACUGGAAUUUGACAAGAAAUAUCUUUAGGUACUCGCCAUUUUAUAUUUCCAACAUUCUUGAAAGUGGAAUACAUUCGGUUGACGAAAAGUUACAAUUUGAUGGACAUUUGCAGUUGCAUGCUUGGUUUUAUGAAUAUUUACAAGCUAUUGAUACUUCAAUGGCUGAUAAUUAA